GCAGCGCAGCACUCUGGCACAAUGGGUGGAAUUUGAGAAGGGCAGUGCUGAUGAGAAGUGGACAGCUCGUCGCAGUGAGUUGGUGCAACGACUUUUCGGGCACUUGCAGGCUCAAGCUCCUGGAGACCUUCGUGGCCGUUUCUGGGGAACUGUCAGGAGCCCUAGACAGCUGAUGCUGCUUUGCGCUGAGGCCGUGGCGAGCGAGGGCGAAAAUUGGGCAAGGUACCAAGACAACUCCCGCUACAACCUGCUAGACUGGCAAAACUGGGCAGCAUCGGAGGGGGAGGCGCAGAAACAGUGGAUGCAGGAACGCGUGGAUAUUCUGCAGCAGCUCUACGCUACGUGCGCAGAAGCGCUGGAGGAG